CACAACUAACUCCUCAGAACAGUUCAUUUGCCCCAACAUUGCAAUUCAGCAAGACACAGUUUCCUAUUUGAAAGCCAAGGAACAAGUCGCUGGCACAAGGAAUGUCACAGUUUGCGCUGUGCCCCAACUUCAACCUGCGGGACACCGUAACUAUUAACAAUUGCAAUAAGAAGCCGUUUACAAGUAGUGUUGCACCUCCUAGCCAAUCCCUGCAACGGCUUAACGCGCUUUCCACAAGCGUUCAUUUCGCAACCCUUUCGGGAAGCCCCGUAGCGCGGACAUCGAAGAGCACGCCUUCGCCGUUCUCUAUUCCCCAUUCUCGGGGCGCCCCGCUGGCGCCUCGUUCCGCUGCUCCUGACUCCACAAUGGCCUCAUCAUCACCUCCUGCUGGCAGCCCUUUGAACCGCAAUCUGCUGGUGGUGGGCCCAGGUGUGCUGGGAAGCGUGUUGGCUCGCGACUGGCUUGUCUCGGUACCGGGCGCCACCGCCACCGGCCUCACCAACACGGAGCGCAGCCAUGACCGGCUGCGCGCCCUAGGCAUCCAGCCAGCCACCCGGGUCUCCCUGCAGCAGCAGGAGGGGCAGCAGCAGCAUGAGGGAGGAGGAGGGGCGGGUGCGGGUCGGCGGUGGAGCUUCGUGGCGUUCAGUGCGCCCCCCUCGGGCAGCCAGGACUAUGUGGCGGAUGUCCGCUCCGCUCUCUCCCUGUGGGACGGCACCGGCUGUUUCCUCUUCACCUCCUCCAUGAGCGUGUGCGCAGUGGACGACGGGGGCGCGGUGGACGACAUGGGGGAGGAGGGACGCGGCUGCCCGCUGGUGACCCGCGGGUCGGCGCCGGGUACUGACAAGCUGCUGGGGGCGGAGGAGGCGGUGCUGCAGGCCGGCGGGUGCGUGUUGCGGCUAGUGGGGCUCUACCACGCUAACCGGGGGGCGCACACCUACUUCAUACGCGCGGGCUCCGUUCCCCGGCCGGGCGGCUACCUGGUGAACCUGCUGCACUAUGAGGACGCGGCGGGGCUGGGGGCGGCGAUCCUGCGCGGUGACGGCAGCGGCCCAUUCCGCGGGCGAGUGUUUGUGGGCACGGACGGGCAGCCGGUGACGUUUGAGGACAUGGUGGAGGCGUGUUUCAGCUCGGGUGUAUUCCCGCGUGCCCCCGUCACCUUCACCGGGGCCUUUCCUGAAGACCCACGGGUCGGUCGUGGCAAGGUCGUGUCCAACCCCGCCACCCGAGCCGCACUAGGCGGCUGGGCCCCGCGCUACCCCUCCUUCGCUGCCUUCAUGGCGGCAGGGGGGAAGGACUGGUACGGCAGCUGCGGUUUGGAGUUUUAGAUGAGGCGUGGGGCCGAGGGAAGCAGGAGAGGGAAAGAGGAGUUGGGAAGGAGAGGGAGGAGGGGGAGCCGAGUGGAGAGGGUGGCAGCUUCUUUUGUUUGCCGUAGGACCAGGAAAUGUGUCGCGUUAGGGCUUCUGUGAUACCUCCUGUGAGGUUAAGAAAGAUGAUGCUCUUCAAAAUGUCUUGCAUGGCAAGAGUGUUACGUACGAGCAUUGUACGACUGCGGCUGAUUGAUGGCAUGCAUGCAUGACACUGGCACUAAUUUUUGUUGCAUGUUGGUAGUACAAUAUAAAUCGGAGAAGAAGUAGGAUAAGAGUAAAGGAGAGGUAAAUAAGAGAAGGAUAAGGGAGAGAUAAAUAGGAGAGGAAUAAGAAAUACAGAAGGACCUCCAUCGUUACGGGAACACAGCUGGCUUCAGAGCUCUGUAGAGUACGUCCUAAACCUGGCGGGCAACACGCAGUGUAAAUUGGUGACUUGCUA